CAAAUUUUAUAAGAAUUUCAGACUCGAAAGCAAACUAAUCGUUGCCCUAAUCCCGUCGAGAAAUGUCUUUGGUGCCUACCACAUAUCGCGAUCUGUCGCGCGAAUUGGAUCGACCACGUCCGCUCUAUCAGCCACCUUAUGAUUUUCAACUAUAUCCUUAUCUAUGGGAUGAUCCGCGUGUCUGGUGGCCAGCUCAUCAUACCAGCAGGAGUGACUUACUCCGACCUCUGGAUGAACUGGUGUCGCGUCGUGUGAGGAAUCAGUUAAUCCAAUCGACGCCCUAUGAGUGGGCACAUCCAAUGAGAUGGGACAACUACUAUUCCGGCGAACGUGUCCAUGUGGAUGAGAAGGGAUUCCGGAUUGACAUCGAUGUGCGACAGUUUCAUCCGCACGAGAUUGUGGUCAAGACCAAUGACGAUUAUGUUAUUGUUCAGGGAAAUCACAAUCGCCGGAACGAGGGCUCCAAUGGCCUGGUGGAAAGGCACUUUGUGAGAAAGUACCUUCUGCCCCGCGGCUAUAAUGCUAAUGAGGUUAUCUCUGAUAUAUCCACUGAUGGCAUCCUGACCAUCAAGGCUCCACCACCGCCGCCAGCCAAAUACUAUACGCCCGGAGAGCGUUUGGUUCGUGUCCAUGAAACCGGAAAGCUGGCCCUGCCAUGGAAAUAAAGCAUCAUCAGGAAGGCAAACAGUGAAUGUUUACCAAACCCAAAAUCCCACCCAUCAAAAGUGCCUAACUCAAGGUGAACUAUUUUCGGACAGCAAGCAAGUGCAGCCGAACAUUUAGAUUGGAUUCAAACAUAAAUAAAAUACAAAUUGUACUCGUAGGUAAUAUAUAAAAUGCGCAAUAAAUAUUUGCUAGAAA